CUGUUGUAACCUAUAGAGGGAUUAUACUUUAUUUCCAGUAGAGCGCGCAGUAGAAUUGUUUGCUGAAAUUAAACAGGUUUAAAUAUUUUAUGUUGGCUGCUUGAAUAUGAAAAGUAACAGACGUUGUGGUUAAAAGUAUGCUGCCUUCAUUUCUAGUGAUUCUGUUCUUUGUAAAUAUUAAAACUGCUGUUUGCUCUUGCGCUGCUUCAGAAUUUUCUGUGGACAGACAGUGUUGCCCCAUGUGCAGUGCAGGCUCUUCUGUAUACAAGCCAUGCACACAUGACAGCAGUACAAGCUGCAUCCCGUGUGAACGCGGUACAUACACUGAAGAACCCAAUGGAUUACUUAAAUGCUUUCCGUGCAAAAACUGUGAUCAAGCUUUGGGCCUCACAGUUCGUCAUGAAUGUCAACGUCAUAAAAACACAAUUUGUGGUCCUUUGACUGGAUAUUUCUGUUCUGGAAAAGCAAGGGGUGGUGGCUGUGAUCAGGGUCAAAAACAUACGGUCUGUAAAGCUGGACAGAGAGUCCAGUCACAAGGGACUGCUGAAUCUGAUACAAGAUGUGAAGGCUGCCCUGAAGGAACCUUCUCAACACAAAACAUGUCAUUAGAUUGCACCCCCUGGACAGAUUGUGCAUUAAAUGACAAAGUGAAGUAUACAAAUGGGACUUCAACAGCAGAUGUGCAGUGUCAGAAAAAACAGCCUGUUGCUUUAAUAGUUGGAGUUAUGGUUGGAUUGUUAUGUCUUGUUGUCGGAGUCAUCUGUUGGAAGAAGAAAGGUAUUUGUUUAAAUAAGCAAUCCUCUGAAACAGAAGAUAAAGGGACAGAAGAAUCUGUUUUACCAAUACAGGAAUCAAUGCUUCCAGCACAGAAUGAGCAACCAAAUAAUGCGAGCCACAGGAUGUACCCAUCCCUACCAGUGAAAACAUGAUGAUUGAUCCAUCAGAGUUGAUGUCCCCUGAAGGUAUUGAUGAUGACCUCGUUUUGGUCAGACCUGAGCCCGAGAACAGCAUGGGCGUGGCUUUUCUGGUUGGCACGUCAACGUCGCAGAGCUGGACUCAUCUGGAAAGACAUACAGAUUGGCACCUUGUACAAUUAAUUUUCUUGCGGUUUUGAAUUUUCCAGUCAUAAGACAAAGACCAACCAACUGAAAUGCCCAAAUAAUGUAGCAGAUCCUUUUCUUGCAGAGUAACUUGUUUUGAGCUGGAACAGUACUUCUCUUUUAAGUCUUUGCAUCUGACUUUCAACACCGUGCCUGCAAGAGUGAGCCAGAGGUACCCGAGAUAAACAGUAGUGCCAGCAGGGAAGUUGGGUGUCUGUCAUCUCUAACCCCCGCCUCUCCAGGCUGAGCUUCAGUGAAUCAGAAAGAACAGCAGCAGUACGGUCCGAGUCUAUCUGAUCACAAAGUAACCCCCGGAGAUACUGACUGGGAAACUGCCAAGAAGGGGGGUCUUUACAUGGAAAUAAAUAAAAUAAAAAUACAAAUGAGGACGUUCUUUAGAUGUAAAAGGAAAGAAACACAAAGAAUGGGCGAGGCUUCCGUGUUAAAGUUGAGGUCAUUCCCUUUUGUUUACCAUUGGUAUCUCUGCCCAACCCCACUGUCCUGUCACAUGGCCGUUCUGUGUUACCAUUGUAUUACAUCCACGCAUCCUCCUUUUUACAAGGAUAUGUGUGACCUGUUCCCUGUUCUGUUAAACCACAGGUCAGGAAGGGAAGAGUUACCGUACAGACUAGGUUAAUUCCCAAGGCAGUAGAGUGAUAGUUUUGUUGCGUUUUGAAAAUGAUUUACACACAGUGCCAUGAUUGUUAAUGAUAAGGGUGUGGCUCGCUUGCAAGAAUGUCAGCUAGUAAACAAUGUAUUAGUACGUCUUUGGGUAAAUACAAGUUUGUAAACUCCUACAGAAAUCCACGCUCUCUGAAGAGCGUCAGACUGACCUGAAUCUCAAAUUUACAGAUUUACUGUUUUUGCUUUCCUUUUGUUUUUUUUUUCUGUUUUUUUUUUUUUUUUUUUUAAUUUUUUUUUAUUUUUUAUAUAAAACUAUGUGAAACUCACACGGUCAUUGCAUUGAAUUAAUUGCCCUCGAUAAGGCUAUAUUGCACUGAGUGAGCAGUGUGGUUAACCACAGAGCUGACAACCCCAUGAGAAUAACAGAGCGAACUGCAAAUGUACUUUUACAAAGGAGAAAUGAUGUUCUUACAGUGUUAUCUAUUACAGCUACAGUUUCAACUGUACAUUGCCUAUUUCACUGUAAUAUAGUAUAACUCAAAUCAUUGAUGUUUUUUUUUUUUUUUUAAGUAUGUUCUGGUAUUACAGUAGUUUGUAUAUAUGUAAAUAAAGGACCACAUUGUAAAGCAAAUGUUUCAAUGCUGUUAUAUAUAUAUAUAUAUAUGGCAAAAACCCUGUAACUGGCACUGCAGUAUUUAAAGGGGUGACAAACUGACAUUCUAAACUGAGAAUGAGAAAAUGGAAAAAGGGCGUUGGCUGGGCAACAUGUUCUUAUGAAUUUACACAUUUCAAACGGAUACAUUUAAGCAUCGAAACUGCAAAAAACAACCGUAAUUACUAUGAGAACAUCUUUUUAGAGAUUCGUAUUUUGGUUGAACAUUACAAAAACGGAUAAAUAAAUAAUAUUUAACUGAGCAUAGCCACGUCUGACUAUUGAUAUAGAUAUAAUCUAUACACACGUAUUUAAUUGCAGGUUGAAAUUUGUGCCUAAAAAUAUACAGUAGGCCUUAAUGCUGUUCCCGGCUGACGUAUGUUUUAUUUUAGUUGUAAACUAUUAACAAAACUGGAUAAUCACUAAGUCAAAAGUUAAUGUAAGUCUCUUAUGCAAGUUAAACGUUUUAAAUAAAGUUAAACAACAAACGAAUGUAUAUUUGAGCUAAUUUUGUUAAUACAAAUGUGAAAGUGAAACAGGAGGACGUGUCCUACGAACGCUAUUAUGACUGUUAAAUAGAGCCGUGACUAAUCUUGCAAAAUUAAACGCAACUAAGCUUCAUGUUUACGAAGCAGAGACAAGUUUAUCAGAAUGACCAAAUAAACGACAGAAUCAUACAUACGAAUUGUUUUAUGCGAUAAUAAUGGUCACACACAA